AUGACUACAUCAAAAUUAAUUCGUCAAUUUCAUGGAAAAGAUAUUCCAAUAGAAAUGUUGAAUAAUAUGGAUUCAUUACAUUAUCAUUUAAAUAACUAUGAAGAAAGUCUUGAGCCAGCUUAUGCUAAUUCAAUUCUUAUUACAAUGCGUUAUAAUUUAGCUCGUGUAUGCGAAGCAUCAUUUGAAUUUAAUAAAACUGAAACAUUAUAUAAAGAAAUUUUACGUGAACAUUCCAAAUAUGUUGAUUGUGUACUUCAUUUGGGUUCUAUGGUACAUGAUCGUGGUCAAAUUUAUAGUGCAUCUCAUUGA